AUCAGUGUCGAUGGCCUGUUGGUAUAUUUCCCCUACGAAUAUAUUUAUCCCGAACAAUAUGCCUAUAUGUUGGAACUUAAACGGACCUUGGAUGCCAAGGGCCACUGCCUAUUGGAAAUGCCUUCAGGAACUGGGAAGACAGCCACUUUGCUCUCCCUAAUUGUUGCCUAUAUGAUUGAACGGCCCGAGACAAUACGAAAGCUCAUAUAUUGUUCACGUACAGUACCGGAAAUUGAAAAGGUCAUAGCGGAGCUGCAAAAUUUAAUGGUUUACUAUGAGAAAAAUUCACCGGAUCCACCAGCCUUGCUGGGUUUAGUUCUCAGUUCACGUAAAAAUAUGUGUAUACAUCCGGAGGUUAGCAAAGAAAGGGAAGGAAAAUCCGUGGAUGGCAAAUGUUAUGGUCUAACGGCUAGCUAUGUUCGGGAGAGACAUGAACAUGAUGGUGAAACACCGAUAUGCCAAUAUUUUGAGGGUUUUUCUUUGGAGGGCAAGGAGUCAUCGCUGCCAGCUGGUAUUUAUAGUUUAGAUGAUCUGAAGGAGUUCGGUCGCAUGCGCAACUGGUGUCCCUACUUUUUGGCUAGAUAUGCGAUUGGCCAAGCCCAUAUUGUUGUUUACAGCUACCAUUAUUUGCUGGAUCCGAAAAUUGCCGAAGUGGUGUCCAAAGAAAUGGUCCGUGAAAGUUGUAUUGUUUUUGAUGAGGCCCACAAUAUCGAUAAUGUUUGCAUUGAUUCCAUGAGCGUGAAAAUCAAUCGGCGUAUUGUUGAACGAAGCACAAAUGCACUGAAUAAUCUACAGAAAUUGGUGCAGGACAUUCGCGAUGACAAUGCAGAACGCCUCAAUGAUGAAUAUCAACGUAUGGUCCAGGGUCUCAAAGAUGCCAGUGUACAGAGAGACACAGAUAUGAUUUUGGCAAAUCCAAUUCUGCCCACAGAUAUUCUCAAGGAGGUUGUUCCCGGUAAUAUACGUAAUGCCGAUCACUUUCUCAGCUUCCUGCGACGUUUUAUUGAAUACAUAAAGACACGAUUAAAAGUUCAUCAUGUGAUACAAGAAUCGCCGGCGGGUUUCCUCAAAGAUGUGGCUUCCAAAAUUUGUAUAGAACGCAAACCAUUGCGUUUUUGUGCCGAACGUUUGGCCAGCUUGCUGAGGACUUUGGAAAUCACCGAUAUGACUGAAUAUGGUGCUUUGACUUUGAUCACCCAUUUUGCCACCUUGGUCAGUACCUAUACCAAAGGUUUUACCAUUAUCAUCGAACCAUUUGAUGAUAAAACUCCCACCGUUGCCAAUCCCAUACUGCAUUUUAGUUGUUUAGAUUCAUCGAUAGCAAUGGCACCGGUAUUUCAAAGAUUUCAAUCAGUGGUAAUAACAUCGGGUACCUUAUCACCCAUGGAUAUGUAUCCGAAAAUAUUGAAUUUCGAUCCAGUGGUAAUGAGUUCAUUUACCAUGACUUUGGCGCGUCCCUGUCUAUUACCUAUGAUUGUAUCAAAGGGUAAUGAUCAGGUGGCAAUCUCAUCAAAAUAUGAAACCCGAGAAGAUACUGCGGUCAUUCGGAACUAUGGUCAAUUGCUUGUGGAAACAGCUAAAACAGUGCCCGAUGGCAUUGUAUGCUUUUUUACAUCCUAUUUGUAUUUAGAGUCCGUGGUGGCCUCAUGGUAUGAUCAGGGUAUUGUUGACACACUGUUACGUUACAAAUUGUUAUUCAUUGAAACUCAGGAUAAUGCCGAGACCAGUUAUGCUCUUAUGAAUUAUGUUAAGGCCUGUGACUGCGGACGAGGAGCUGUGCUGCUUGCCGUUGCCCGUGGCAAAGUUUCCGAGGGUGUCGAUUUCGAUCAUCAUUAUGGCCGUGCUGUCCUCAUGUUCGGUAUACCCUAUGUCUUUACCCAAUCGCGCAUUUUAAAAGCCCGCCUUGAUUAUCUACGUGAUCAAUUUCAAAUUCGUGAAAAUGAUUUUCUCACCUUCGAUGCCAUGCGUCACGCCGCCCAGUGUGUUGGCCGUGCUUUGCGUGGCAAAACCGAUUAUGGUAUUAUGAUAUUUGCCGAUAAACGUUUUUCACGACAAGACAAACGUAGUCGUCUACCCAAAUGGAUACAAGAACAUCUAGUGGAUAGUUUUUGCAAUCUUAGUACGGAGGAGGCAAUGCAAUUGGCACGUCGUUGGUUGAAACGUAUGGCACAACCAUUUACCCGUGAAGAUCAAUUGGGUAUAUCGUUGCUGACAAAAGAACAGCUGGAAAGUGUGGCGAAGGAUAAAUUGGAACGUCAAGCUCAGGGAAAAGAAGCUGUCGGUGGGGAGGUUAUGGAACUGUGA